GAGACAAACAGAUUCACCGACAAGCUUUAGAUAUCCCGCAACGGCGGUGAAGUUUUCUUUUGUAAAAUCGAAACGGAGUUGUGAUGGGUAUUCCAGCAGAUUACUUCCGACCACGACCAUGUAACGAAGAACCCAUCAUUAUUACUACUGCCCCAGAGCCAUUGCCAUGCAACAAUCCUGUGCAACAAUCCUGAUCGAAAGCUACAUCUAUGUAUGAAAUGGCUUGUUCUCACUUUCUUUGUACUCUUCGUGCUUUUCAUCUACCUUUCUUUCCCCGGCUUCUACUUAAAGAACGGGGCUCCAAUUAUUCAGAUUGAAUCCAUCACUCCUUCCAAAAUUGCCUCUUUCAACAACAAUACCAUUUUCACCGACUGGCUUCUAGCUUUCUCUUUAGAGAACCCGAACAAGUACGUUUCCAUUCGUUACAAGAAGAUUCAGGUUUCUGCUUCAGACAGGGACAAACGUCUCUCUUCCGGCAAUGUGGAUUACUUUUAUCAGGAUAAAAGGGAAGUGGGACGCAUGAACGUGGAGAUUCUUGGGUUGGUAUUCAAUUUGGAGGAGAAAAUAAAUGAGGCUGGUGAGAUGGUGUUUACUUUGAAGCUGGACGCUGUGGUUUGGCUUGAAAAAAAAUAUAUGAAAAAUCAUUGGCAACUGUUAGAAGCCAAUUGUGGGGAUGUUAGAAUUCGGCCAUCGAUGAGCCUAACGUUGGAUGGAUCAGCAUACUUCGAAAGCUGCCUCAAGCCUUCAAGGGAAAUGGGAAAUAAGGAGGGAAAGAGAGGAAGUUUGGUUGAACAUUGACCAUGUCCAAAGCUCUUGUAAACCUUUAUUUUGUUGGCAAUUGCUAAAAAUGGAGGCCGGAGCAACAAAUUCUCAACGAAACAAAAAAAUCCUUCCCCGCAAACAUUGCCUCAUAAUUGGGAAUGCAAAGUCCAAUUCUGCUGUCAUUUCCUUUCCUCCACUGAUAUU